UCUUUCUUCCCUUCCUCAUUCUCUCUCUCUGAACAAAAUAUAUAGGAAAUCUAAAUCCACCAUAACUGCAGAUAGCUGCUGUAGAACAAGGACCAGAAGCAGAAGCAUGAGCAGAAGCAAAACCAGAGGAGAGAAAAGAUGAAGAAAAGAAAGUGAAAUCCCAGUUGCAACAAUCAUUGUUGUAGCUCGUUUUUCCAGUCUCUUCUCAUCCUCUCUUUCCCUGACAAAAUUUUCUCAUCCAGACUUGUUAUCAGAUGCAUCUUAACCUUAAGAGACAGUGAGUGUGCGUGUGUGAGCGAGAAAAGUCAGAAAUCAGACACCAGACAGGACAAAGGGUUCUCCGUAGAGAAGCAAAGCGAGAAGAAAAUAGAGCGAGCGAGCGAGAGAGAGAGAGAGAGAGAGAUAGUCGGAAGGCAUGGAAGAGUCACUCAAGUCCCUCUCCUUGGACUACCUCAACCUCCUGAUCAACGGGCAAGCGUUCAGCGACGUCACCUUCAGCGUCGAGGGCCGCCUCGUCCAUGCCCAUCGCUGCGUCCUCGCCGCCCGCAGCCUGUUUUUCCGCAAGUUCUUCUGCGGCGCCGAACCCUCCUCGCCAUCCGGUCUCCUCCUCCUCAACCCUCAUGAUCGCCAUAGCCCGCGGUCACCGACUGGCGGGGCCUCCAUGUCUUCGUCGUCCUCCCCGAGGGGCAGCGCGUGCACUGCCGGCAGCGUCAUCCCGGUGAAUUACGUCAGCUACGAGGUGUUCUUGCUGAUGCUCCAGUUCAUGUACAGCGGUCAGGUCCCGCUGGUGCCGCAGAAGCACGAGCCUCGCCCCAGUUGCAGCGACCGUGGCUGCUGGCACACCCAUUGCACCGCCGCCGUCGACCUCGCUCUCGACACCCUCGCCGCCGCACGGUCCUUCGGCAUCGAGCAGCUCGCGCUUCUCACUCAGAAGCAAUUGGCUAGCAUGGUGGAGAAGGCGACGAUCGAGGACGUGAUGAAGGUCCUAAUCGCGUCGAGAAAGCAAGACAUGAACCAGUUGUGGAUCACCUGCUCCCACCUCGUCGCCAAGUCCGGCAUCCCGCCCGAGGUGCUCGCCAAGCACCUGCCGAUUGACAUCGUGGCCAAGAUCGAGGAGCUCCGUCUCAAGUCCUCCCUCACCGGCCGCUCCUUCAUCACUCACCACCAUUCUCUCGAAGCCGCCGGCGCUUCCACUGAGCUCGAGGACCACCACAAGAUUCGUCGAAUGCGCCGUGCUCUCGAGUCGUCAGAUGUCGAGCUUGUCAAGUUGAUGGUGAUGGGGGAGGGGCUCAACCUCGACGACGCGCUUGCCCUGCACUACGCCGUCGAGAACUGCACCCGCGAGGUCGUAAAGGCGCUGCUUGAGCUCGGCGCCACUGACGUCAAUUUCCGCGCCGGUCCUGCUGGAAAAACCCCACUCCACAUCGCCGCAAAAAUGGUGUGCCCCGACAUGGUAGCCGUCCUCCUCGACCACCAUGCCGAUCCCAACAUUCGCACGUUCGAUGGCGUGACCCCGCUCGACAUUCUUCGCAACCUGACGUCCGACUUCCUCUUCAAGGGCGCUGUCCCGGGCCUGACACAUAUCGAGCCGAACAAGCUUAGGCUUUGCCUGGAGCUAGUCCAAUCGGCGGCACUGGUCAUGUCACGCGAGGACGCUAAAAGUGGCGGCGGUGGAAAUCAUCCUCACUCGGCAAUCUAUCCCCCGAUGAAUCAGCAGGAAUCGAACACUUGCAACGCAAAUCACACAAGUAGCAGCAUGGUCAACCUCAGCUUGGAUUCGAGAAUGGUGUAUCUGAAUCUGGGAAUGGCGGAACGAUUGGGGUGCAAGAUGAGUGAUGGAGCUGGUGAUAGCAGCAGCAGUAGAUCUCUAGGUGGUGGUGGUGUUGGUAACAUUGGCUUAUCGAGCAUGUUUUCUUCUCAUGGUUUCCCAUGACUACUGCCUUGUAAGCUUGAAAGAACUUCCUAUUUGUCUCACUACUGUCUAUCUCACAUUAAUUGCAUCAUUCGCUAUCUCUAAUACUCAAUGCAAGGCAAGAGAUUCAAGUUUCAGAAAA